AUGUUGCCCAACGCCAAGGGGCGGGAGAACGCUGCGCCGGCGCUCUGUGACCGUUUGCACGUCCUCCCCGAGUCCGCGUGGAUUUCCUCCGGGUACGCCGUUUUCCUCCCACGGUCCAAAGACAUGCAGAUUGGAAGCAAAAUGGUGCGACUGUUUGCAGCUUGCAAUUACUGCUCAAGAAACCAUCAUGCAACCAAGGCAAAGAAGUUUCCCUGGAAAAUGGCUUUGGGGUCAACUGCAGUACUUAUCAUCUUCCUGUUCUGCUAUUCAUCACAGCUCUUCGUAUGGCCCAAUGUAUGGUUGGCCAAAAAGGCAGACUCGAGAAUUGCCACGCUCACCCCUGUUAGCGGAUCUAAAAUGUUUUUGUUGAACGCGUACCUUGAACACCGCACCUGGAAUGCCAGCAUUCGGUUCAUCACCAUCGCGUGGCGUUCGGAGAAGAUUGACUAUAGCUGCGUCUUCACCUGCAACGAGGGGCUCGUCCCCUCUCCCGCAAAGCUGACGGUGCACCCGUCGCACUUUUGGUUCCCCUACGGCACCGCGGAUCUGCUGUGCGAAAUCCCUCCUGGGUGCUCCAAACUUCGCGCUGCCGUGACCACCGUCGGAGGAAGCACGUCCAACCUGACCUUCCUUCCGGUUCGCAACCAGAAGCGACGGGAGUCCAACUUCCCGGUGGACUUUACCAUCUGCCACUCCACCAUGUUCAACAAAUACAACAACGUCUUACAGUUUGUGCAAGCCAUGGAAAUGUACCAGCUCCUGGGGGCCAAGCGUGUGGUCCUCUACAAAACCGACUGUAGUCCAGACAUGGAAGAAGUGUUGCGCUACUACAGAGACAUUGGACUCAUUGAGAUCAUUGACUGGCCCAUAGACAAAUACAUCAAGGUGUCAUCUAGUUGGAUUGCUUCGGAAUCACCCGGAGACCUACAUUACUACGGCCAAAUCCCAGUGCUGAAUGACUGCGUAUACAGGAACAUGUACCGGACGAAGUACCUGUUCAUGCACGACCCGGAUGAGAUCAUUCUCCCGCUGCAGAACGUCACCUGGUACGAGUUCCUGAGUACUCUCGAACAGAAGUACAGCAGCGAUGCCAGCUUCUACUUCGAGAACAACGUCUUCCCCAUCGAGGAGCUCGAAGAAAGCGGCAAGUACAAUUUGUCGCAGUGGGCGGGGAUCCCUGGAGUUAACUUCCUGCGGCACGUCAUGCGAGAGCCCAUUCCCAAAAGACACUUCACCACCGGGAAGCUGAUUGUGAACCCUAGGCGGUUGUUUGAAAUUAGCGUGCACACCAUAAAGAAGCAGUCUCACCGGACCGUGGAAGUGCCGUACGACUUUGCGAGAUUGUUCCACAUGAGACGCCGCAAGAACACGAAGCUGAAAAGGGAGGACUUGGUGAUGGACAAGGCUCUGUGGAGGUACGCCCCAGAGAUGAUCAGGGGAGUCGAUCACGCACUCAGCAAAAUGGACCUGCCUUCUCGAAGGCUAAACUCUGCCGUGCACCCUUAAACAGUAUGGGCUGCAACAAGCUCCUUCCACCCUUUAAAAUUCAAACAAGUCAUUUUUUAUGACUGCAAAGCAAUGAGAUUCAAUUUUUUUAAAUCUCUUAAAGUACGAUGUAGAACACAGUGUAGAAUACCUUUCUCCUCUUGAUAAAUUGGUUUCAGCACUCAGUGUACUAUACUAAAGCAACUCAAUUUGAUCAACUGACUUCCAACUGAUUGGAGCAGAUAAAAUCCACAACUAAACAUUAUCUUCCAACUGAUGCACAGUUACAUUUUCAUUUAGCCCAUCAUGCUAGAAUCAAUGGCCAGAGUGCUGUAUCUAAGUUAAACGUACAUGUCUGCAGUCAUUGUUUGCUUCACUGCAAUUGCUAUUGACAUUUUGCUCAGUCGCCCUUCCAGGGAAUUGGUUUACUAGUUUGAGUUAAAAUUAUGAAUAAUGUCAUUCUUAUUUAAAAUCUGAUUAAUCUGACUUUUACAAAUUCAUGGCAGUUAUUAAUUUAUUUGUCAGGUAGAUGCCUUCAACAGACUGCUAGUCUAGUUGCCUGCUUUAAUAAAAUAAAUGUGCAACAGCGCACUUAAAUAAAAUACUGUGUUUGAGCUGUGCGGGAAUUUUUAAGUGAUUCUAUUCAAUUCAAGCUUUUCUGACUUUUUGGUGAAGGUUUUAAGUUUCUUCAUGUCAAAGCUGUCUGCAGACCAAAGAAGAAAAUAUGCAAUACGUACUAUUGUUGAAACUGUCGUUCUUGUGUUAAGCCAGCGGCAACAGCUUUCUGUAGAAAUACCUCGACAUUCAAGUGAUUAACUGGACAUGCUUGAAAAAAUGCCAUAAACGUUAUACCAAA